CCCGGGCGCGGACAGUGGCGGUGGCGGCGUCACGCGCCCGGAGGUCACACGCCCGAGCCGGCGCUCACGCUUGGCUGUCUCGUCGCGGCGGCGCGCACGCCGGGUCGACGCCGGGGCCCCGGAGCCGCCGGGACCUCAGCGAGCCGCGGAUGCCGCGCGCCGGGCCACGCGGAGCGCACUGGCGCCCUGCGCUCGCGCUGGCGCUGCUCGGGCUGGCGGCGACGCUGAGCGCGUCCCCGACGUCUGGGCAGCGCUGGCCGGUGCCCUACAAGCGUUUCUCUUUCCGCCCGAAGACAGACCCCUACUGUCAAGCUAAGUACACUUUCUGUCCCACUGGUUCUCCCAUCCCAGUUCUGCAGGACAACGACACCAUCGAAGUCUUCAGACUACAAGCCCCGAUUUGGGAAUUUAAAUAUGGAGACCUCCUGGGACACUUUAAGCUUAUGCACGACGCCGUGGGAUUCAGGAGCACGCUGACCGGCAGGAACUACACGGUCGAAUGGUAUGAACUUUUCCAGCUUGGCAACUGCACAUUCCCCCACCUCCGGCCUGAGAUGAACGCCCCCUUCUGGUGUAACCAAGGGGCAGCCUGCUUUUAUGAAGGAAUUGACGACAAACACUGGAAGGAAAACGGGACGUUGUCGCUAAUUGCGACCAUAUCCGGAAACACAUUUAACAAAGUGGCCGAGUGGGUGAAGCGGGACAAUGAAACUGGCAUUUAUUAUGAGACAUGGACGGUCCGGGCCGGCCCGGGAAAAGGGGCACAGAUGUGGUUCGAGUCCUACGACUGUUCAAAUUUUGUCUUAAGGACAUAUGAGAAAUUGGCUGAACUUGGAACAGAAUUCAAGAAGAUAGAAACAAACUACACGAAAAUAUUUCUGUACAGCGGAGAACCGGUUUACUUGGGAAAUGAAACAUCUAUUUUUGGGCCAAAGGAAAACAAGACUCUUGCGUUGGCCAUAAAAAAAUUUUACGGUCCCUUCAAACCAUACUCAUCAACCAACGAUUUUCUGUUGAAUUUCUUGAAAAUUUUUGAUACAGUGAUUAUACACAGAGAAUUCUACCUGUUUUAUAACUUUGAGUAUUGGUUUCUACCUAUGAAACCCCCCUUUGUCAAAAUAACAUACGAGGAAAUCCCUUUACCUACCAGACCCGCGACACUCACCGACUUGUGACAACCUCCACUCUGCUGCUCUCUGGCCACCAGCACCCAUGCCCUCCCAAGGCUGUGUCUACACCAGGGUCUUUAUUCCUCUUCCCUUCCGGGGGCUCAGUCGGAAGUGCAGUAGACGGGCAUUUCAAGACUCUGGCGAAGAAGUAGAAACCAUGAUUGUACUGGCCAGAGUGAAUGGGUUGUAAUCUUUAUUUUAUUGAGAAUUACUCGAUCUCAGCUAUGGAGAGCUUUUGAUCUCUCCAUAAAAGGGCUGCUUUUUUCUGUUACAGCAGUGCUGAUUCUUAGUUUAAGGGUUUUGGGGUUUUUUUGUUUUUUGUUUUGUUUUGUUUUUGGUUAUCUAAAGAAUAGCUGUUUUUAUAAAACAUCUAAAUUAUAGCCUUAGGGUCCAGGUCUAACUACUUUCUUUUCUUUUUCUUUGGUUUUUUGGUUUUUUUCUGAGACAGGGUUUCUCUAUGUAGCCCUGGCUGUCCUGGAACUCACUCUGUAGACCAGGCUGGCCUCGAACUCAGAAAUCUGCCUUCCUCUGCCUCCCAAGUGCUGAGAGUGCGCCACCACCGCCCAGCACUACUUUCUAUUCACAUAACCUUAAAGCCUUGUUUGGACUCCGUUACUGGAGCAGUGCCUCUCGACAUGGCAAAUACUGAAGAAUUUUUGGCCAAUUCACUGGCUGUUAUGAUAGAAGCAACUUAACAUCUAUGGAUUUGUGUCCUUGCCUCCAAAAUGAUUCUUCUACCAGGAAUAUGGAGAUUGGGGGCACCUACGUAGGCAUAGGAAGGCACACUGAGUGCAUAUAUGGUAGCAUUGGGACUAAAAGAACACCAACCGUCAUCCUUGAGUUUCUUGACGUAUAUUACAGGCCAUCCAUUCCUGGGUCUUGUAAUCACUGAGACUUUGAGCGAUGGACAGAACUCACCGCUUCAGCAGUUCUUCAGUAGAGGCCAUGGAAGGAUCUGGCUCCAGACAUGACUUCCUGUGUGUGUCCUCUGGUUUUUCUCCCACCAUCAUCAAAGAGGGCAUACUCUCCUGGAAAGGACCGAAUUUUGUCAAGGACCUUUGUCAGUUCGCUGUGUUGCUGUUAGGGGCAUCAGACAGGCUCUCGGGGGCCUGUAUUUUGAUCAGUUGAACUCUUUUUGUUUGUUUUCUCUAUUUAACACUAGCACAGUAAUGGAAAGGUCUUUUAGUAGGGAAACAUGCCAGGUAUUGAUUUCCACCUAGUAGCCGGCUGCUCCUUGAGAGGUUAGUACACUACUGUUGAAGUGUCUUAAGAAGCCUCAUCUUAGGUAUCGGCUGGCCCCAAUGUCAGGGCUUAGCGAGGUAAAGUGACCUGGAAUUGCGUUCUCACUCAGGACGCACUGGAUGGAUGCCUUUCAGAUUGUGGCCUUUAGACCAGAUCUAUGCACCAAAUGUUACCAGUGUUGUGUUGUUUCUGUUCGGUCUAAUCAAAAACAAAAACAAACAAACCAAAAAAACUCAAAAAAAAAAAAAAAACCAACCAGGGAUUAGACUUUGUGUUUGAUCUUAUUUGUCUUGUAAUUUACUUUUAUUGUUUAAAAGUAUAAACCCCACAAAGUCAAGGUGACCCCAGAUGACUGGCCGAUCACACACUACAGGGUCCCACCUGCCCUGAAGAGGUAGACUUGUCUUCACGGAGGGGAGGACCCAUCCUCCAGUGCCUCCAAUUUUAUCUGUUCACCAUAACAAGAGGCAGGACCAACCCAACAAUGCUGCCUCUGACCUCUGUCUUCAGGAUGUGGUGUUAGAGUGAAUCUUCAUGUUACUAUUAUCUAGUGGCUAAACGCAGGCAACACUACCAUACUGAGUUACUGUGGAAAAAGAAUUUCCCAGCUGCCCCGAGGUGACAAGCUGAGAUUUUUGUUCCAAGAAUAUCAUACCGAAAUCACAGACUUUGGUUUGUAGCAAGGGAGGUGUGGGGCCCGCGCAAGGAACUUGACUUCUAAAAUAAGAUUCUACUGUGUUAAAGAGCAGGGGGGUGGGGAGGCUAUCCCAAAAGCUAUUGUCUGUCCAUGGGAUACAUUCUUCUAGCUGGGCUGCCUUGUCUGGCCUCAGUGGAAGGCAAAGCAUCUAGCCUUGAGGAGAUGAGGGGAGGAUAGAGGGGCCCCACCCGCUCAUAAAAGAAGGGGAUGGGGGAUGGGAAGGAUUUGGGGAGAGGGUGCCUGAGAUGGAGACAGUGAGCAGGAUGUGAAGUGAACGAGUUAAAAAAAUAAAUUUAAAGGAAAAGCAUUCUGUUUCCUUGUGGAGAAUGUUAGUGAGAGGGUCUUGUGAAAGCCGUAUAGUCAGGUGGUGAUGGCAGAGGCACAAGUCACAUGACUUCCCAAGGGUUUAUCAAGCUGUGAAAUGGACUUACCAGGUAAGGCAACGCUGCUGAGGUGCAGGUGAUCCAAAACAUCUUUCACACAGUAGAUGGGAAGUCAAAGCGCCGUGAGCAGAAUGGGGUGUCUGACUGAAACUCCAGGCACCUGAAGCUCAUGUCACAGAAAUCUUCCUGUGUCAGGGGCUCCCAGGUUCUUGUAUGUAACCCAAAAGAAUGCAACUCGUAGGCAAGGGGUUUCACUACACAUUCAGAUCAGUGGGAGCUUAAAAGAGGGAGUUCGUGUGUGGCAGAGUAGACUGGGAUAACAUGAACUACUAGUCUAGGGGCUUUUGUGGGUUUAAAGCCGACACCAGAGCAUGGGGAACGAUUGAGCCCAUUGGCUCCGCCAUCAGUCAGUCCAAAGGAACUGCUCUACAGAUCCCAGACACGCAUGCCCAUUAAGGGAGAAAGGUGGGUCUCCCUUUUGCCAUCUCUGGCUUUGGCAGAGAAGAAACCGUGCAGAGGGCGAAGCACGUUUUUCAGAUUUUAAGCCAAGAAAACCUUUACCUUUGAGGUCUUCCGCCCUAAGCUGCCUGGCCAGUUUCUACCUCCUGCUUUUUAUCAAAGAGAUCGACAGAUUGAGCUCGGUUGCCACGAGUUAUGGUGUGUUUCUAUUUCUAUGUCAGUUCAAGUUAUAAAUUUGUACUAUUUAUACACACUUAGAGCUAGGAUAUUAGGGCUUCAGAAUAAGUGCACCAUCGUCACCCAUUCUCUGGCUCACUGGCAGGUACUUUACUGUGGAGGAUGAAAGCACACCGCUAAAGGAGAAAUAACUACCAAAUACUCAGACUUCCACUCAAUAGUGGCUCUCUAGACAAAUCAAAAGGAAAAAAAACCCAAAGACUCUAAUAUCUGGGUCCAAGCUCUAAGAGUUAACAGUUUAGUGCUCAGCUCUAAACACGACGUCGAUCAUCACUCCCUCUGAGGCGCAGUGAGCAUGGAAGAGACAGCAGAAAUAUCCUAAGUGCCAGGGGUGGUACAGGGCGCCAUGACAUGCUGCCAUCUGGACAGGCCUUGGCGACUGCACUCUGGAACUCACAGCAGCUCAGCCUGUGUUUAUCUGCCCUACAAGGGGUUGUAAACCUUACGUCAUGGAUGGGCGUGGGGCUCAGGAGGCCACACCCUUCACAAACUACUGGCAGCCUGUACACUGGGGAAGAGAAGUCAGUUUCUCUGCUGGUGCUGCUGAUCCUAAAUUGCCCAUGUUUCCAAAGUCUCCCACCCAGUUCACGCAAGCAUGUCUAAUUAAGCUUUGUAGAUCCCAAGGGGUAAAGGUGGGAAGACAUGAAAAUAGAAGGGAGUGCUCUCGUGCUCUCUCUCUCUCUCUCUCUCUCUUACACACACACACACACAUAAGGAAGGGAAGCAUUUUCCCACUCAACUAUUAUAUCCCACAAUCCUUUUUAACUGUGAAACAAGGUCUAAGUUGCCAGGCUGGCCUUUUAGAAUAGCUCACUUGGGCCCUGAACAUGCAAUUCUCCUGGCGUAGCCUUCUAAAUAGGUUAAAGUCUGUUCCACUACACCCAGCCAACUUUUGAAAAGAAACACAUUCUAUUUACCCUUUAAUGUCCAGGUAGCUUCCAAGUGCCUUCAAGAGUUUCUUCCUUGUUGGAAUUAUUUAGAGAUUUACAUUUUGGUGAGCUGAUUAUUAAUUCUGAGGAUAAGCUUUUACUCUCUAAGAAAAAUGCUUUUUUUCUUAAAGGAGAGUUUAAGGCCAGCAAACAGGUCAUAUUUUUCUUUCUUUUUGCUAAUACUGCCUCAAAUAUAAAGUUUUGCAAACAGAUUGCAGUAACUUUAAAAAGAUAGCCUAGAUUACCAAUUAUAGCAAAUUGGAUCUGUUUCCUGAAACCUAUUUAAGAUAAUUAAUUUCUAUUGUUUUAAAACUAUUCUGACCUAUAUAGAGAUUUCUGAAAUGACUUGCUAGGCUAAAGAUUUCUAAUAAAGAUUUGCUUAGGAAACUCGAUGUUUUGUAAAGUAUCUACCCUUAUGUUUUAAUUAUGUGUGGAUGUCUAGGUAUAUAUGUGUAAAUGAAUGCAGGUCCACGGCCGUCAAAGGCAUCAGAUCUUCUGGAACUGGAGUUACAAGCAGUCUUGGAAUGCAUGCUGAGAACUGCUCAGAGUAUUCACAGCUUUUAACCCAAGCCACCUCUAGAACCUGAGAGUCACAUUCCUGAGUACAGCUUUCAUUCUGAAUACAUAAAGAACCUAUUCCUUAUUUUUAAUCAUAAAAGAAUUUACAUUUCAUGGUAAGCUUCACAGGUAUUAGAGCACCGGAACAGAAUCAAUGUGCCUAGUUUCGCAUCUUCAAACUACUUUUUAAAACACUAAAAGUCCACCACUGCUUAAAAGACUACCAAAUAAUGGCUCUGAAACUGAAGUCAUAGCUUUGUAAUGUAUGUUUGAUUAGUUCUCUAAAGGUAUAAAAAUACAACCGCAUUAAUAACUAUCUUUAUUCUCAAAUUGAUAAAACCAUUUAACAUAUAUUUUACAGUAUAAACAAAUUAAGUGCUAUGCAUUUUGCUUAUAAAGUGACUUAAAGUAUUCAAGCAUGUAAUUUAAUUUGUACAAAAAGUAAGUUUUCAAAUAAAGCUUUGGUUAGUAAAACUGACUAUAUAUCAUCAAAUCCAUUUUUCAAUGUUGUUCAAAAACAUUAAAAAAAAAAAACAAAAAACAAA